ACUGCUCCCAACUAUUCCCUUACAGUACUCGCACUCCUCGACUCUGGGUUAGCCAGCAACUUCAUCUCAGAUGCGCUCUGUCACCAACUCCAGCUCCAUCCGCGGCCAUGUCAGCCCAACCUAAAGAUCCAAUCCAUUAUUGGCAAACCCAUUGGCAGAGGUGUGAUUCAUCAUUGUGUGGGUCCCGUGACACUCCAAGUUGGGUGUCUGCACCAUGAAACCAUCACCCUCCUGGUUUUGGAGAACUUGACCGCUGACAUCAUGUUGGGACGCCCAUGGCUCAAACUGCAUUCCCCCAUUAUUUCCUGUCUUUGGGCGACGUCUUGAAGUGGGGCUCCCAAUGCUUUCCUACCUGUUUCCCCAAUCUUCCCAUUCCAAGGCCCUCGACUAUCGCCAAGAAAUCUCCUCCUCUCUGUCUCAACUCCACAUCCAUCGAGAGUCCUAUCCACUCCACCUCUGUGGAAAUCCCAUCCUGUUACUCCCACUUCCAGGACGUCUUCUUCCCACUCCGCGCCUCACAACUUCCACCUCACUGACCUUUGGACUGUGCAAUAGACCUUCUCCCUGGUGAGCCAGUGCCCCGUGGCAAAAUAUAACCUCUCUCCAUCCCUGAACAGAAGGCCAUGGAGGAGUACAUCGAGGAGGCUCUCAACCAAGGCUACAUCUGACCUUCCACAUCCCCUGCUGCUUUGAGCUUAUUCUUCGUGGCAAAGAAGGACGGAGGUCUCUGGCCCUGUAUUGAUUACCGCUCCCUCAACAAGAUAAUGGUAAAGUUCCAAUAUCCACUUCCCCUCGUCCCGGCUGCCUUGGAACUGUUGAGAGGAGCUACCAUCUUCACCAAGCGGAACUGCGCAGCGCGUAUAACCUCAUUUGAAUCCGGAAGGGAGAUGAAUGGAAGACCACCUUUGUAACUCCAACCGUCCAUUACGAGUACCGGGUGAUGCCGUAUGGCCUUGUCAACGCCCCCUCCGUAUUCCAGGGCUUCAUGAAUGAGGUGUUCCACGAGUACCUCCAUUGAUUCAUCCUUGUUUACAUCGACGAUAUUCUGGUGUACUCCCGGAACGAGACCGACCAUCGUCAACACGUUGCGCUAGUGUUGGAAAAGCUGAGGGAAUACCAUCUGUACCUCAAGGCUGAGAACUGUUCCUUUCAUCAGUCGUCCCUGCAGUUCCAAGGUUACAACAUCAGCCCUGAGGGUAUCCAGAUGGAUGAGGGGAAGGUAGAGGCUGUGUGAUCCUGGCCCACUCCUCCUACCAUCAGAGAACUCCAGCGCUUCUUGGUUUUCGCCAACUUCUAUCGUAGCUUUAUCAGGAAUUAAAUCUUCACAGCCCCCUUAACAUCUCUUCUCCGAUCCAAGCCUAAAUCUCUGAUCUGGAACUCCGAGGCUUCCUACGCCUUCCAACAUCUGAAGGAAGCCUUCACCAUGGCUCCACUUCUCAUCCACCCCGAUCCUAGUAAGCCUUUUGUGGUAGAAGUAGAUGCCUCCACUAAUGGCGUAGGAGCCGUGCUUUUUCAUCAGCAGGGGAAACCAUCUAAGCUCCAUCCAUAUGCCUUCCUCUCUCGAAAACUCUUCCCGGUGGAGCAAAAUUAUGACAUUGGAAACCGGGAGCUCCUGGCUGUCAAUUUGGCCCUGGAAGUGUGGCAGCAUUGGCUAGAGGGGGCCCUACACCCCUUCCAGGUAGUAACAGACCACAAGAACCUCGAGUACCUUCGAGAGGCUCGUCGUCUAAAUCCUCGCCAAGCACGUUGGGCCCUCUUCUUCACACGCUUCAGUUUUACAAUAUCCUAUCAUCCGGGGAACAAGAACAUCAAGGCGGAUGCCCUUUCCUGACUUUACGCUCCAGAGGAAAGCCCUGAGAAGUGAGCACACCAUCCUACCUCCUCACAUAAUUGUAAGCCCUAUCCAAUGGUCCCUGGACGAUAGAAUCUCUGAUGCCACCACCACUGAACCUGCUCCACCGGGCUGUCCCACCAACAGAACCUUUGUACCCUCCUCUCAACGUUUAUCACUCAUUGACUUCUUCCACUCCUUCUUGGGCACUAGCCACCCUGGGACCAAUAGACCCUCUCGCUUAUAUAGGACUGGUUCUGGUGGACUUGCAUGGACAAAGAUGUCAGAAGGUUCGUCCAGGUAUGCCCGGAAUGUGCCAUGUCCCGAACUCCUCGACAUCUACCGACUGGCAAGCUCCUUCUGCUACCCAUCCCACGCCAACACUGGUCACACCUUGAGGUUGACUUUAUCAUGGACCUGCCAUCUUCUGAGGGAUUCAUCUGUGUUUUGAUGGUCGUUGACCAAUUCUCCAAAGCCUGCAAGUUGAUACCCCUCAAAGGUCUUCCCACAGCCUUUGAAACCGCUGAAGCCCUCUUCAACCAUGUGUUCUGAAACUACGGGUUUCCCAAAGAUAUCAUCUCAGACAGAGGUCCCCAGUUCAUUUCCAGAGUCUGGAGAGCUUUCUUUUCCAUCAUGGGAGUGACCAUCAGCCUCUCUUCUGGUUAUCAUCCUCAGAGCAAUGGGCAGACUGAGAGGAAAAUUCAGGAGAUCAACCGUUUCCUUCUAACCUUCUGUCAUCACCGCUAGAACCGUUGGAGUCAUUUUCUGUCCUAGGACGAGUAUGCACAGAAUUCCUUACAUCAACCAUCCAUCAACUUAACACCUUUCCAGUGUGUACUCGGCUACCAACCUCCUCUUUUCCCCUGGUCCAGAGAGCCAUCUGAUGUCCCAGCGGUCAGCUAUUGUUUUAGAGAGAGCGAGAGGGUCUGGGACUUAGCCCCCAUCACCUGCAGAGGGCUGUGCGCCGCCAGAAGAUCCUUGCCGAUGCCUGGAGAUCGUCAACCCCCAGUUACCAACCCGGGCAGAAGGUUUGGCUCUCCAAUAAGGACAUCCGGCUGCACCUACCAUGCAAAAAGCUAAGUCCCCAUUACAUUGGUCCCUUCACUAUCACUAAACAAAUUAAUCCAGUCACCUACCAACUACAACUUCCCCCGAAUACUGCAUUCACCCUACUUUCCAUGUCUCCCUCCUGAAACCUCACUAUCCGUCUCUUUCUCCUCACCCCUCAGAACCUGAUACAGCUGACGACCCCCCAGCCACUUAUCCUGAAAGACAGACCCAUCUACGAAGUUCAUGACAUCCUGGACUCUCGACGCCACAGGGGUCACCUCGAGUACCUCAUAGACUGGGAGGGCUAUGGUCCCAAAGAAAGGUCAUGGGUACCCCGAGACGACAUCCUGGACCCGACCCUACUCACUAACUUCCACGACACUCACCCAGACCAUCCAGCUCCUCAUAGACGGGGUCAGCCACGGUGUCGGGAGGCUCGUCCCUCAGGAGCGGUCCGUGGGUUGGGGGGUAAUGUCACAGAUCCACCUGACCUUCCCGUCACAAACACUCAACCUUCCCGCUCCCCCAAAUACUGAUCACCCGCACCUGUCUCCAAUCACUGUGUUAAUCAGCUCCUCUAUAUAACACUCCACUCUCCCUUCAGUCUUCGACUGGUAUCAUAGCAGUAUACAGACUCACUUACCUUCUACUUACCUGACUCUUCAGAUGCCAGUCCCUCGAUGAUUCCUCUCCAGCGCUGUUCUGAAGUUUGUUCCAAGUCUCCUCUCCUGCGUCUCCUUCCCGUGGUGUUAUCCUCCAACCCAAGAGGAGCAGUUUCGAACAUGUACAGUGUGAUGGUGGCACGGUACAAACACUUCCCUGAGGUUAAAAUCAAAGGCAUGGCAGCUGUUCCCAGACUGGUGCUCUUCACCUCAGAACAUAGUCACUAUUCUAUAAAGAAAGCGAGUGCAGCGCUGGGUUUCGGCACAGAGAAUCUAAUCUUGCUGAGCACAGAUGAGAGAGGUAGAGUCAUUCCCGCUGAUCUGGAGGCCAAGGUCAUUGAUGUCAAACAGAAGGGGUUUGUGCCGCUGUUUGUAAAUGCCACAGCUGGAUCUACAGUAUAUGGAGCCUUCGAUCCAAUCAGUGAGAUUGCUGACAUCUGUGAGAAAUACAACAUGUGGCUUCAUGUGGAUGGAGCGUGGGGCGGAGGACUGUUAAUGUCCAGGAAACACAGACACAAGCUGAACGGCAUUGAGAGAGCUGACUCCGUCACAUGGAAUCCUCACAAGAUGAUGGGCGUUCCACUACAGUGCUCUGCUAUACUGGUGCGAGAGAAGGGUCUUCUGCAGGGCUGCAACUCCAUGUGUGCUGGGUAUCUCUUUCAGCCUGACAAGCAGUAUGACGUCACCUAUGACACAGGCGAUAAAGUCAUUCAGUGCGGCCGGCAUGUAGACAUCUUUAAAUUCUGGCUCAUGUGGAAGUCAAAGGGUACCAUUGGCUUUGAGAAGCACAUAGACAGGUGUCUGGAGCUAUCUGAGUAUCUUUACCAUAAGAUAAAGAACCGGGAAGGUUAUGAGAUGGUGUUUCAAGGGGAGCCCCAGCACACAAAUGUAUGUUUCUGGUACAUUCCUCCAAGCCUGCGUGGCCUGCCAAAUGGAGAGGAGAGAAGACAAAGGCUUCAUAAGGUUGCCCCCAAGAUCAAGGCAAUGAUGAUGGAGUGUGGGACAACUAUGGUGGGCUACCAGCCUCAGGGUGAUAAGGUCAACUUCUUCAGAAUGGUCGUCUCCAAUCCAGCUGCCACCAGGUCAGACAUCGACUUCCUGAUCGAAGAGAUAGAAAGACUAGGCCAGGAUUUAUAGAGGGCACGCAAGUUGGAAUUAAGUAGAUGUUAGUAAAUUAUGUAGGAAAAUAGAAAAGACGUUGUAUAGUACUGUCUCUGCUAGACAUUCCAGAGUAUUAGGCCACAUCUACACUAAUCAGUUUAAGUUUGAAAACACAGUUUUUAGUUUCCUAACAGCUUUCCAAAAUAUGUGGUAAUGGAGAGCAUUUUCAAAUGUCUCCGUUCUUGGUUGAGAAAAGUGCAGUAGUAGUGAGAAUGAGAAACAAAAACAUAGCGUUUUCAAAUGAAAAAUGCUUAGACUAGUGGAGCACUUUAGAAUAAUGAACCACUUGGACAGUCUAGAACUUUCCAGUAGGAUCACAUUCUUAAAUGUUGAUCAGUCAUUCUAGAAAUGGAGAUGGUGAGCUCCUUGAGUUAUAAUUACUGAAGGACCAGAUCCUAUGACAUUGUAUGUCUUCUCCCUGUUCUCUUGUCUAUCUGUUGUGUACUGUUUGUUCUGUCUUUUAACAAGAAAUAUUAUACUCUAUACUGAACAACUGUAAUUUAAGGGAAUGUUCUGGGAUAUUCAAUACAAGAAAUUAAUUACCAAAGAAAAUAAUUUUCGACUUCUCCCACAGUUUGUUAAACAAACAAAAAUAGCAGUUACAAUAGUGAAAUUACAAUGAAAUUCUAUGGAGCAAAGCAUAGCAUUAUGAUAGAUACAUCAAUACACAGUUUUGAAAGUGUAGCCACAGGACCCAAACAUUAUGCAUGUUAUCAUAAGGCUAGUGUGAUAAAAACACUUACUAACCUUGUCUGUGCAGUGUUUAAUCAAUUUAUUUAACUCAUGUAAAACCAAUAAGCGAGAACACAAUACAAGUAGUGCUACCAUACCGAUUUUCCAUUAGUACUGGAUUAUAUACUAUUAAUAAUAAAGGUUUCAAAAAGGGGUUUAUGCAGAAAUGCCAUAGAAGAACAGUUUUGGUUCUCCAAAUGUAAAAUGUUGCUCAAAAGAAAAAAAUAAGUCACUACUUUUCUUGUCUAAAGAACCUGUUUCCUCUACAAAGAACCUUUUGUGAAAUGAGAAGGUUCAUUGGAGGUUAAAGGUUCUUAGAUGCUGGUAAACAACCUUUGCUAAGGCUAGUUAGUUAGUCUAGUGCUCUUGGAAAAAGAUGUGUCUUUAGCCAUUUUCCAAAUGGGUGAAAGUUGGGAGUUCAUUCCACUAGAGGAACAGUGAGUGUGAUUUAGACAGCUUGAAAUACAGUUCAAAUAACACAUUUCAGUAUGCAUAAUUUAAAAUAAGCAAUAUUAUAAAAAAGAUAAGCUGUACAUUUAUGCAUCUACAUCCUCCAGAGUGCCUUGCUCCUUAGACUUCCAAUCUAUAUGUGCUUUACUGGUCCUGUAAAUAAUAUUUUUGUUUGUUUUUACAAACUGAGAAAUGAGUCAAAAUUAUUUUCUGUAUUUAUAAAACUCAAAUUGUUUUGAGUCCAGAACAUUUUCUUAAAAAAUCCAAUAUUCUGCUCAAUACAAAUCAAAGGUGUUUGAGAAUGUACUGUAAUAUAUCAUCUAAUGACUGUAUGGACUUAUAUUGUUGUUUGUGUGAUUAGAGUCAAAUGCAUAAUUUCUUAGCUGUAAUAAGGACUGAUUAUGUAUGAACCAAUGUCACUGUAACAAGUACUGUAUUGAAACACCAUGUUUUUAGAAUUUAUGGACUUUGUGUGAAUUGUGAUUGUUUGUGACAAACAUCUAUAUCACAUAGUUUUACAGUAAGAGAUGUUUUAAUAGUGGUAAAUAUUAAAUAGAGAUAUUUGUUGAGAUAUUAUUUAUAUCACAAAAAUAAUGUGUGAAAAAGAAAAUUCCCCUAUUUGUACCCUCUAAGUACCUUUAUUUGUAUCUUAAGAGACAAUAUUUAUCUAUAUUGUUUAAAAAAUGGUGUAUUAGGGUUUUUAGUUUAUUUGUUGACCAAAGACAUAGAACAAAAAUGACAUUUAAUUCUAAAUCUACACACCUGUAACACUCUGUGUUAAGGAUAUCAAUAAUGUAAACUAAGAAAUGAAUGUUAACAUCUUAAGAUAUUAAUAUACCAGAGCAUUUGAUAACCACAUUGCAAAGAAUGUUGGAUCACAUAUGUGGUCACUAGUAUUUACAGAAGAAUUAAUGCUAAAAAAAAAAAAAAUAAUUAAAGGAGUUUUAAAAUGGAGAGAGAGAGAGCGAGAGAUCAAGAGAGAGAGAGAGAGCUGAUUAAGAAAGUAGUAUGCUGAUAUUUGGUCAAGCAAGAAAACUGUCUCUCCAGGAACAGUAUAUUUUAUUAAAAGAUGUACUUAGAUUGAGUCCAUUAAGGUUUAAUUUCUAGAAUAGGCUAAGGCUUAAAACAUUUACACAUUCCUAAUAAUCAACAAACUGUAGGAAACUAUGCUAAUAGUUUGUGUACACCAUGCUUACUUUGCACUGAAGUCCCUUUGUGUGUAUUAACAAUAAGACAUGUUUGUGAAAUAUUGCUGUUCACUGUCACCAAUACAAAUAAACACUCAGCUUUA